CAUGGAGAAGCAAGUGCUUGAGUCCUCCGAGGAGCGAACCUUUCAGUACCAAGAUUCUCUGCCCUCCCUGCCGGUGCCACCUCUUGAUGAGUCUUUAAGUAAAUACCUCGAUGCAGUUAAACCAUUUCUAAAUCAAGAAGAAUAUCAAAGAACUGAGGAUAUAGUUAAAAAGUUUGAAAAUGGGAUUGGGAAUCAUCAGAAAUUACUGGAAAGAGCUAAAACGAGAAGGAAUUGGUUGGAGAACUGGUGGCUGAAUGUGGCUUAUCUUGAUCUUCGCAUAUCAACGCAAAUACACUGUAAUAUGGGAGGCCCUGGUCCCUAUCUUGAGCACUGUUGGCCACCAAAAGUGGGCACUCAGCUAGAAAGAGCAAGUGUAAAUAUAUGGCACACCCUGAAAUUCUGGGAUCUGCUACGAGCAGAGAAGGUGGCUAUAGAGAGAUCUGGGAAUGCUGUUCUGGACAUGAACCAGUUCCGAAUGCUCUUCUGCACUUGCAAAAUUCCUGGAUUUACUAGAGACUCAAUCGUCAACUUUUUUAAAACUGAGACUGAAGGUGAAUGCCCAUCUCACUUAAUAGUCCUGUGUCGAGGUCGAGUGUUUGCGUUUGAUGCUAUGCACGAAGGCAAUAUGGUGACUCCGCCGGAGAUUUUCAGGCAACUUACGUAUAUCCAGAAAAGAUGCCAUAGUGAACCGGAUGGACCAGGACUGGCAGCUCUAACAAGCAAUGAAAGGACAAAAUGGGCAGAGUUACGUGAAUAUUUGAUUAAUCUUGAUCCAAAGAAUUUAACUCUUCUGGAAAAGGUUCAGAGAAGUUUGUUUGUGGUCUGCCUCGAUGACUCUAGUCCCUACGCAACUCCUGAGGACUACACCGAGCUUACAAGGCUGGGACUAGCCGGUGAUCCAACUGUACGCUGGGGAGAUAAAUCCUACAACAGCAUAUUCUUCUCCAAUGGAAUCUGUAGCGCGUUCUGUGAUCAUUCUCCUUUUGAUGCCAUGGCGUUGAUUACCAUGUUAGCUUACACUGAAAAGACGAUUAUUGAAAAUGAGGGAAAAUGGAAGGGAUCAGAUAAAGUGAGGGAUAUUCCAUGGCCAGAGGAACUUGUAUUCACAGUGGAUCAAAAAGUCAUAAGUGAAAUUGGACGUACUAAAGAAAUAUAUUACAAAAAGGUGUCUGACUUGCAGCUAGUGCAUUAUGCCUUCACAUCGUUCGGCAAAGCAUUGCUUAGAACGAAGAAACUUCAUCCAGACACGUUUGUGCAGCUUGCCCUUCAGCUUGCUUAUUACAAAUGCCAUGGACGCCCGGGCUGCUGUUACGAAACUGCCAUGACCAGGCGUUUCUAUCAUGGCCGCACAGAGACCAUAAGAUCAUGUACUGUGGAAGCAGUGGAAUGGUGCAAGUCCAUGCUGGAUCCUUCUGAUGGUAUAUAUCAACGACUACAGCUGAUGCAUAAGGCAUUUGCAAAACACAAUAAAAUGAGGAAAGAAUGUGAGAAUGGAAAAGGCUUUGAUCGUCAUCUUCUGGGUCUCCUACUCAUAGCACAGGAGCAAGGACUGCCAGUGCCAGAACUUUAUGUGGAUAAAGCCUUCACAGCUAGUGGAGGAGGUGGGAAUUUUGUUCUUUCAACUAGUCUGACUGGCUACACUAGAUUUAGUGGAUCUACACUCCCUAUGGUAGAGCACGGCUAUGGCUUCUUUUAUUCAAUCAGAGAUGACAGGAUCGUUAUUACCUGUUCUUCUUGGAAAUCAUGUCCAGAGACUGAUGCAGAAGUGUUAUGUAGAACUGUGUUUCAGUGUUUCCGGGACAUGCUACAAUUAACUGUUGCAGCUCAGCUGUAA